CCAAUCCAGAUGGUAGCAGCAGAGAGCCACCGAGAACAAAAGUAACAGCUACAGCCACGAAGAAGAGGAGACGUGCCGAAGCAGCUAAGCGAAGGCUGUGAACUGCAUCACCAAGUCAUGGACAGUGACUGCUUAAGCCUGCUGCCAUCUGUCUGUGAAGUUCUGGCAGAUUCCAAACUUUUGCUCCAUGAUGACACAUGUCUGGAGAAGCUUCUUGAUUGUUUUAAAGAGCUGAUUGUGCAGAAUGGCGAACAAUAUUUUAUGCAGUAUAUGCCAUGUCUUCUGCAGUUCUUGCAGCAUAUAUCAAAAUCUCAAACAGUGGAUCCCUCUGUCUUUACAUUCUCACUCAAACUUGCUGGGCUUCUGGCAGGAAAAGAGCACAAUUUCACCUUGCUGAAGGAGAGGGGAGUGUUGGACUAUAUGUUUCAGCCAGAUAGCUGGCAUAUGCUGGAACUCUGGAAAAAUUCUUUAGUUCGGUAUGGGUGGCUACACGGAUUGUGGAGUAUGUUGCAACAUUCACAAUCCAUUAACUUUUUCUGCAAGAAUGGAUUUAUUGAUUUGAUCCUCCACCUGCAAAAUGACAAAGGCUUUUUCAUUACCUCUUUGACGAGUCAGAUUUUAGCACACAUUUUAAACACUGUCACGCCAGUAGUGCAAAGCAACAACACUAAGAGUGAGACACCAAACUGCGGUCCUGGCAGUACUGAGUUUGUUUCCAUUACAAAAGAAGUGAUGAACCAUGUAGCUGCCUCAUUAGCCUCUGAGGAUCAGUCUGUUAUCAUUCCAGCCUUAAGAUUGUUGGCCACAAUUCUCACCCAGUGUAGAGAACCACUCAAGGACAUGUUUUGGAAACAUGUGGUGGGACCACUUGAAGUAUUAGCAAAUGUAAAAAAUGACUCCUUUACACUGCCCAUAAUAGCAGUGCUCCAAGCUGUUGCACAGAGUCCUGAUUUGAUCCAGUCAGAUUGUAGAUUGGAGACACUCAUGGAUAUUAUGUUGUUUUCAAGAAAUGCAACUGAAUCUGUGCAGUGUGCAGCAAUUAUCUUACAAAUGGAAAACUGCCCUGACGUUUUAAAAUGGAAAGCCACAGAUGUAAUCCUCCUUCCUCUUUUGUGUGCCACUGCAUCCCCUUUACAGCUUCAUGAACCAGAUAAGCUCAAAGGCCAUAUAUUACAAUUGGAGAAGCAGCUAUCCCAGAAAGGUUUCUGUGUGUGUUUGCUGACUCAGAGCCUGUCCAGCUUAGCAGAGCAUGUAUAUAAGGAAUCUUUGGCUGAUAUUCCUGUUCAACUGAUUGCCUCUUCUGUGAUAAAACUUCUGGAAAUGUGCAUUGGCCAUUGCCCCUUCACUCUCGUAGAAGCUGGUGCAUUUCCUCAUCUUAUUGGCUGUAAUAAGGUUCAGCAGUGCAGUAUCGACCUACUAGGUGGUCUUACUAUUUUUGCAGAUGCUUUGGAAGUUACAGAGUGUACAGACCCAAUUGAGGAGGCUCUUAUGAUUCUUCUGCAAUAUCUGCAGUCUCCUGACUUACAUGCUACAGUUUUGAAGAAAACAUAUCAGGCAACCCUUAAAUGGCUCAAUCUCUGUUCACCAUCAUCAGAUUUAUGGAAGAUGGUUAUAAAUGAGCUGUUUCAAUUAACAAAGAAACGUAUAUGUGAUAGACGAUGGGAAGUGAGAGAUUCAACUCUUGAGUUCAUUACACAACUCACAGCCCAACUCAAAGGUAAUAGGAAGUACACUGAAAAUCUUCAUAGUAGUGACAUGAUCUCAGUACUCUUCACCUCAUUGUCAGAUUUAGAAGGCUAUGUCCAAGCAAGUGCAGUCUCAGCUCUUGGGGAGGCAGUAACAUCAUCUGAUGUCUGUAGCAAUGUGCAGGAAAAAGCUGUGACACAUCUAUUGAGAAUUCUUUCUCAAGAUACACAGAGCUUCCCACAUCGUGCUGCAGUGAAGGUAUUCAUUGCCUGGCUAAAAAGCCCAUAUUGCUGUACUGCCUUGGAGAAGUCGAUUAGCUCAGUGUUGUUACUUGGUGGAAAUGACAUUGACUGGGAGGUUAAAGUUCUCACUCUGGAGUUAGCAGAUUCAUUGAUGGACAAAUCGCUAAAUCAUUGUCCCUGUCACUUUCAGAAGAUUUGUAGAAGCUCUGAAAAUACAUGCAUAAUGCACACAUUGUCCAAACUGAAGGAUUUAGGGCUAUUUGACUUUCUCUUUAAAUGCAUAUUUGACUGUGACAGACCUGUUUCUCAGAAAGCUUGUUCACUCCUGCUUAAGCUAAGAACAUUUUUGAGAGAGAUUACUACUGCUGACCACAAAGUUCUUACUCUUGACAUACGUAAGUACAGUUGGAAUGAGGAAAUGCUUAAGAGAUACCAGAAAAACCAAGAAGUAAUUGAGCUUCAUUGUGUGAAAAAUGGAGCCAAAUCAUCUUGUAGGAAAAUAGACAAUGCAGAAUCUCUUGAUCGAGCUUCAGCAGACCUGGAUCUGUGUCAGAUAUUAGAAUUAUUAGACCUUGAGAUCAUGCAACAUACUUUAUCACUUAGUAGUGAUCAUGUGAUAAAUUCACCCCAGUCUCUAAUGGAAGACAUUUUGUUUAUGACCAGAGAGAGUGAAGACAAUGUUGCAGAUUGCUAUUGAAAAUAAAUGCCCAAAAGUGCUAACAUGUCAUGAGCUAUAUAAGGCUCUUGACAUUGAAUGCAUAUGGCUUUAUGUUGAACAGAGAAGCAUUUGUUUCAAUGCACAAAUUUUGAAAUGUAAUAUAGGUCUGUACUUAGAAUGUUAUAUUUAGACAUAACUGAACCUAAUAAAAAUAAAUAUAUCUAACAGCUGGUAGUGGAAGGCCUUUGAGGAUGUCAGACUAGUAUAUUAGAUUAUAUCAUGUCUAAUCUCUUGAAUGUACUGUGGAUUGACUGAUUUCCGAUUAAAUACGAGUAUUGAAAACUAUUGAAA